ACUGAUUUAGUGAUUUGUGUUGUGCUGGUUCAGAUCAGUCUGUCUUGCACUGUUUGUAAGGUGCUGUCUGGCAUUAGCAGCAAUUAGCAUUCAGCUUUGAGAGUCUGUGUGUGUGUGUGUGUGUGUGUGUGUGUGUGUGUGUGUGUGUGUGUGUGUGUGUGUGUGUGUGUGUUUAGCAGCCAUUGGGGGACUGGAUGCAGGAGAGGGAGGUAACAGCUCUUGGAAUGAAGCUGUUCUGUAGCCUGUUAGUCCAUGCGUAGAUUGGCCUGUACUGCUUGCCGGACAGUAGAGGAACAAACAAGUGGUGACCUGGAUGGCUCCGGUUUCCCAACAAUGCUGCAAGCUUUCCUUAGUAGUUGGCUGCUCUAGAUGGAGUCUAGGCAAGGGAGCUCGGUCCCAAUGACACGCUGAGCCUCUUUCAUCCCUCAGUGUAGGUCUCUCCGGUUUGCAGCAGUGUAGAUAGCAUACCACACCAUUGCGCAUACUCUCUAUGGUGCUGCAGUAAAAGUUUGUCAAGAGAGGUGGAGGUACCCGGGCCUUUGAGUUUCCUCAAAAGAACAUCUCUGCUUGGCUCUUUUCAUUAGGUAAGAGGUGUUAGUCAGAUCUUCUGUGAUGUGGACACCCAGGAACUUAAAGCUUUACACUCUUUCCAGCUUGUCUCCAUGUACAGUAUGUGGAGGGCAGAGUGUGUGGAUGUCUUGGUUGUCCGGAAGUCUACUACGAUCUCUUUGGUUUUAGUGGUGUUGAGGACUGGGUUGUUCUCUGAGCACCACUUGACUAGGUUUUGCCCCUCCUCCCUGUAGGCCGUUAGAUUCUUAUUGAAAUCAAACCCACAACAGUGGUGUCAACUGCAAACUUGACUAUUGUGUUAGGGGAGUGUUUUGAUGUGAAGUUGUUUGUAAACAGGGAGAAUACAUUAGAGCUGAGAAUGCACCCUUGUGGCAUGCCUGUGUUCAGGAUGAGGGUGUUCAGGGGUCUGUUGGUUAUGAAGUCCAUAAUCCAUGAGCAAAGUGGCCAAGCUUGCAGAGUUUGUUGACUAGUUUGUGGGGGACUAUGCUAUUAAAAGCAGAGCUGAAAUCAACAAACACUAUCCUCACAUAUGUGUUUUGUUGUCCAGGUACAAAAGGGCUAUGUGAAGUGCAAUAGAGGCCGCAUCCUACGUUGAUAUGUUUGCUCUGUAUGCAAACUGCUGUUGGUCGAGAUCAAGGGGGAAGAUUCUGAUGUGUGCAAGAUGUGCUAUCAGUCUCUCAAAGCACUUCAUGAUUAUUGCAGUCAGGGCAACUGGGUGGUAGGCAUUCCCGCAUUGCACUGCUGACGAUGGUCCUGGAUUUGAGAGAUAGGAGCUUGCUGCAACGAGAGGUUGAAUAUACUGGUAACUACAUCUGCUAGUUGGUCAGCACACUUUUUCAGUACACGGCACAUGACCCCAUCUGAAUAGAAUAGAAACCCUCAUAGUAUUUUUUAUGGUUUUAAUUGUUAUAAUGGGAAUUUUAUUGACAUUAAUGGAAAUUGUAAUGGUCCCUGUAGAUCUCUACUGGAAAUUUGUUGCCUUCUAUUGGUGGCAUGUUAUGUCUAAUGGAUACCAUUAAGGACCAAUAAAUGGUAGUGGAAAUGGUUUUAAUGGUUAACAGCUGAUGGUUUGUAAUGUUGUUUUUUUUUUUUUUUUAGUGAAAAUCAUUAUAAAUUCUGAUGGUUUCUGUUUUUUUUUCCAGCAGCGGUGAGAGGGAAAAAUGACAUAGCUAGCAUGCUAACACUACUGCAAGACAACUUAUCAUAUCCAUAAAAACUCCGAAAUAUUCAAACCCCAGAUACAAAAAAACAUUAUUAUUAUAUUUUUAAAAUGUAACUUAUAAAAAAAUGUAUGCGUGGUCACGUGAGCUUGUGGUUUUGUUUGUUUGUUUGUUUAGCAAAGACUGAAGACUUUCAGUCAAAAGGCUCAAAUGAUUCAGCCCCGUUUAGAUAUAAACUGACAAAAAUACACAGCAGGAAAAGAGGAUUUAAUUUAAUUAGCGUUCGGCUGUAAAAAAAAAACCAACAAACAAACAAACUAACUAACUAAACAACAACAACACAGAUUAUUCCGUGUUGCAAACCGGAUCAUUUAAAAGAGUCGUUCAAAAAAGGAACCGAUUCAAUGAAUCGAUUCAGCGGUCUGUAAGCUCUUUUUCUCUCUGUGCUCAUCUCCACUUCCAGCAUCCUUUCUGCUCUCCUGCAGCUCCACAUCACUGGGGAUUAGCGAGUCCAGACUGCAUCCUGCUCCCCUUUAUUCUGCGCUUUUAGUGUCUUAAAGGAUCUACAGGAUUUUGGAGCAUUACAAUUGUGUGCACUUGGAUUUACAUCUACCUCGCGUCCUUUACUGAAAACAGCAGCCACACUUUCAGCCAAAGGUUUGGUGUGAUUGAACUGAAACCACAGCCAUGGAUGAAAUGGAUGUGCCGCAGCUGAAGAAAGAGGUAGAGAGCCUCAAGUACCAGCUGGCGUUUAAAAGGGAGAAAUCAUCCAAGACAGUCACAGACUUGGUGAAGUGGAUUGAGGAUGGUGUACCCACCGACCCAUUUCUCAACCCUGAGCUGAUGAAGAAUAACCCAUGGGUGGAAAAGGGCAAGUGUGUGAUCAUUUAGGAUGGAAACAACGGAACAGCACAGAUCUGAAUGUCCACACACGCACACACACACACACACACACACACACACACACGCACACACACUUAAACACACCGAGGCAUUAGCACCGUACAGUCACUUGCAAGAUCUGAAACUAUGCCACGCAUUACUAUAUUAUAUUCAUAAAGGUCAAUAUGUUAUUUAAAAACUCCCUAUUAAUAUUAUAUUCAUAGAAAAAGAACGCAGUCUAUUUAUAUGCACUUAGUUAUUUUAGUCUGUUACAUAUUAGUUUGCUUGCGCUUUUUUUUUUUAACUCAAGUUUUAGUGUCUCACUGCCAGACCAUAAGUGACAGAUUAAUGCCUGCAAAUAGACGAGAGAAGAUUUACCAACCUGAAAUGUAUAAAUCUGGACACUUUGUCUCUUUUCCUCUGCAGCGUGUUAAUUUGUUCAUCAUGACAGUGCACCGUUUAGACAGAAACCACAGAAACAUGUUCACAUUCACUACCGUUUUGCUGAGUCUUUAUGAUUAAUUAAUUUAUGAUCUAUUUAUUUAUUUAUGUUUUUUUUUUUAAUUAACUGUUGCAGCUCUGAAGGACUUGAUAUUUUAAUAUUUAGGUCUGAGGUUCCGAGUUACACUACCGAGAACAGUUUUUUUUUUUUCUUUCUCUUCACUGAUGAACUGAUUAUUAUGUUCUCCGUAGUUGAAGCUUAGUGUAACAGAAUCCAUUUAUUUAUUUCUACACUCUAUUAUUUAACACUGCGAUGAAUCCAGUGUUUGGCUGCUAAGAAAUCUUCAUUUGAUAUUUCAUUUAUAUGAUCUGUUUUUACAAACCCAUCAAAUGUUGCUAUGACUGACAAACAAUUCUGGCGAAAAACGACCAAAAAAUUGGGGGCUUCUUCCUGUAACGUAUUUCCACGCAUCUACUAAGAACGCAUAAGAAGGCAUAAAGAUAUUUCAUGAAAAUUAUGUAGAAAUGAUUUAUUAACAUUCUAAUCUUGCCUAAGCUUUUUGCAAAUUAUGUUGGGUAAAUACGGGCCAGUUUAACAAACACGACUCCAAAAGAGACCGUAGCCUCUUUGUAUAAAGGUGGGUAAAGAUAGACAGUUUUCUUGGUCAUUUUGAUUCUUUUUUUUUAUAUUUUAUUUAUCACACGUUAAAUUUAAAUGCAAAUUAAACCAAUAAAUAAUAGUUGUUUUUAGACAAUCAGUGUACUGGUGUCUUUCAGUGGAAUGGAAUCUUUAAAUGCACUUUUCUCACAACAAAUGUCAAAACAUCACUAUAUAAAGGGUUUUCCCUGAUAGAGGUCGACUGAUAGCGGACUUUACCGAUAACUGAUUAAUCAACUCAUAUGAAAACAUGAAAACGUAACACUCAAAGUAAAAUAUUCCUGAACUUUAUUACAAAAAUAAACCGUACUGACUGUACUGUGAAAAUGUACUGUACUUUUUAAAAUUAAAUAAAUAUAUAAAUAUUAAUAUAUAUUAACUAGUAAUAAAUAUUAAAGCAAACAAAAGAUAUACAUCCAGACUGAACCAAAAAGUAACACGCCAAAUAACAAAUAAAAAUAGAGACGUCCAAAAUGAAUCAAAAAACACUUCAAAUAACAUGACAAAAUUGGUCAGUUUUUAUUUCGCCUCUGGAGGCCGCUCUCGUACUGUAUAAUGACAGUGGACCCUUCUCAGCCGCUCCUGCAAUGGACGCAAAAACAAUCGAUGUGGAUUUUUGUCUGAUAACUGAUAGUUCCAGCAAUCGGUUAUUGGUGCCGCUUAAUCGACAAGCCCAAUAAAUCGGUCGAUCUUUAUUCCCUGACCACCACACAGAUGUGCUAAAUGUCGUCAUUUUACGUUAAUACAAAUUACAUCUAUUUGGUUUAGGAAGCAAGCUAAUGUUCCUCCUAUUCUUAUUCAUUACCUAGCUGGCUAGAUACCAGUGUUUUUAAUGUCACUAGUAAUAGGAAAGGUGCUUAGCUAACGUUAGCCUGUGCACAAAGUAGACAUGACAAUCUGUGUUUUAAUUUACCUGACUAAAAAAAUCAGGACCAACAGUCCAAUAACUAAAACUCCUUAUAUAUGUAAUAUAGAUUUUUUUUCCCAAUAUUUUUUUAGUUUCCUCAAUAAGUGGUGAAAUAUAAACAGCUCUUGGUAGGAAACUCAGACUCUCGGACCUGACUGUGUGAUGAGCAAAAGAAGAAAUAACACACAUUAAUGCCAGUUUUCGCCAUCUGAUACUGCCUUGGUCACGCUUUCCUUAAAAAGAAUGAAUGUGUUUUUUAGGUGAACUGGCUCUGAUGCACAAACAAAACAUUUUUUUUUCCAAAGGCAAGGCAAGGUGUGUGUUAAUUUUUGACUUCUGAUUUUGUUCUGUUUUUAUAUAUUUAUCGAUUAAAAAAAAAACCUGCAGCAUGUUAGUUAGAUAAUAUGCAUAAGAUCAUGGGUUCUAGGUUAAUGACUAAGCAAUAAGUAAUGGCAUUUUUUUAUUGAAUGUUUUAAAAAAAAAAAACAUUUAUCUUGAAUAAAGUAGAGGAAUUUUAGACAGCUUUGGUGUUGUUGUUUUUUCAUGAGUGUGU